CACGAAUUUGCAGUCUCAAAAACUUGUCAGGUUCUGAAAAAAAGCGAACAUAGAUGAGUCGAACGAGUACAAGUACUCGUACUACUAGUACCGUACUACAACCACCAGUCUUACUGCUGGUAUCACAUGCCUUGGAGUUGACAGCUUCGAACUCACAAGUGAACUGAGCUUCGGUCGAUGACACUGUUACCACUUCUGAAAAGCUCCCUUGACGAACCAACACGGCACGAGAAGGCCACCACAACCUGAUCAAAGAGAGAAAAAGAAAGGGAAACGGAACGAGGUAAAAUGACGGAAUUACCAGAAACAAACGAAUCGUCGAAUACGGUUGGCAUCGCAAACAAAGCUCAAUCCAGAACAGAAGAAGGACCGGCGCCCGACGGAAUGGGCGUUCAAAGGAAGAUCAUACCGUCGUCGUCCGAAUCGAUAGACCCGCCUUCCCUAACCGGGAAACGCGAUCACGUUGGCGAAAAAGUCGCCGGGGAUUCGGGUGCCGGUGGGGACGGGAUAGCUGCCAUGCUGCAUGCGUUUGCUGCCGCCGAUGCGGCGCGCACCACGGCAGGGGCCGACACGAGUUCCACGAGAAACACCCACAACAAACGGGGGAAACGCGAGUGGCUCUCGUACCGAGGAACCCGUCACAGCAGGGUGGGGGAGGAUUACCAGGUCACCUCGCUGCCCUCUGUCGCAAAACCAGACCAURCCAGAACAACCGAAUCCAACGGGAAGGGGAAAUAACACACAACAGCACGAAACGAAGCAUCGUGGCGGAGGAACACUUUUAAAAAACACCCAUUCGUAAGCAACAAAUGCACAGCGUAAUG